UGAAAGCAGACAGAUUUAUUUCUUGAGAACAUCCUCAUACGUUCCUCCUAUUUUCAUUGAUCAAAGCUCGCCGGCUUUCCUCCUUGUAACAAUUUCGCUUCUCCAGCACCAUCACAAAUAUCCAACUAAAGUCGCAUUAAGCGCGUCAUCAUUCUCAUCAAGCUACGUCUCGUUCAUCGAGUACGCUUCCUGUUCAUUCUUGUCUUUCUUUCAUUCUGGGCACGAAAAAGAACAAGAUGUACUCCACCUUACAAGAUGAAGAGCAGAACCUCGUCCCUGCAGCUCGUAGCACAGGUUCUACUACAGCAAGAGCUGGCGCAGGGGGAGGUCCUCAGGAUCAGAGCACCAGGGCUCGUUUGCCCCUUUGGGCCAUUGUCUUGAUCGCUGUUGGAAGCGUCGCUGCUCUAGGCGGGAUCAUUACUGGAAUUGUUUGCUGUGUGCAGAAGAAAGGUGGACAAGAACAAAAGCCAGAAUUUCUACUCGGUCCGGAUGAGGGCGAUGAAGCACAAGAGGACGACCCACAAGAGGCUGCUGGUGGCCCCAUUGUCGGUGGUAAGGCUCAGCCCAAGCGACUGCCUUCUAAAAAGCUGUUCGGCGGAGCUCGAGGCAAGCCUGGACUGGAAAACUACUUGAACCAGCUGAAAGCCCAGGGACAUACUAAAGUGGCAUUGGCUUACUCGCAAGGCUCCUUGAAUCCGAUGCAUAUGGGCCACGUGGAGAUCUUUGACAAGGUUUCUGAUGGUCUAAAACAAUUAAGGCAAAGACUCACGACAAUUUAUUUCCACGUAGGCAGAGUACGAGUAGGUGCCAAGUAGGCUGAUUUUGUUCUGCACUGUUCUUUCUGGUCCAACAGUGCCCAUUUCCACGCGUCAUUCUCGUUUAUCUUUCUCUUGUUUGUUAUGGGCUCCUUCUUAGAGGUCUGAGGCAAUGCUGGACGACUACUGAAGCGAUGAAUCGUUAUUAUUAUACCCCUGGAGUGGGUACAUUCUUUCUCUUCUUAGCUCCUCUAAAAUGAAAGGGAUUUACCAACAUCCCGGUCGUUGGCUUUUGGCACUUCAAUCCUGAGAGUUUUGUCCGCAACAAGCUCGAGGCCAAGUACGGAAAAAACACUCCGAAAACUAAGGCUUUGAGCAUUUUGCUUAAGAUGCGCUACUCCCUGGCCCAUGAGGCGCUGAAGAAUGCCCAAAACGUCUUCGCUAUCCCGGGGAAUGACAAACACUUGAUGGUCACCAUGGCGCAGAAGAUGUUUGGCACCUACAGCGUGUACUUGGUGAACGUGAAUGGGUCCGAUGACAUGAUUAAAAAUUGGAAGACUGAGGGAGGCUCGAAAUUUACCAGAGAGGAACUCACUUAAGGCUUCCUUCUAUUCAUCUCGAGAAGCAUCUUACUUUGACGUGCUUUCAAGGGCAGGGUAAAAAUAGCGCAAAGAUGCACUCCGAGAUGAAUAUCGGUAGGGUCUAACUCACGUAUUUCCUCGACACAGACGGAGCUGACCUGAAUGCGAAGAAUAAAAUGAGCCUCAUUACCUGCCGUUCCGCUCAAGAAAAAACCGAAGUCCAAAAUAUCUUGGACCACGGACUGAAAACUCUUAAGGCGUUCCCGACUACUUAUACUUACACAAUUAUUAUUAAGAUAUCCUCUUCCACUUAGUCUUGGUAACUAGUUUUCAAUUGGGGCAUACUAUUACCGCUGGCACCCGAAGAAGGAUGAAUACUCCUUCUCGAAAGUAGUCAGUUGCAGAUAAGCUAACACACUAGAUAAAUACACAAGUAGAGCAUGAUUAUAGGGAAACACGAAAAUACAGUAGGGAACCUAUCACACACCUCCUAGAUAAUUAAAGCGUCGCAACUACUAGAUAGAGGGUGCUGCUCUAAGGUUUGCAUGACUACGGCGGACGCGAAGUUCGUGCAAGACCGAAUGAUGGUUGUGAUGGGCAAAGAAAAUUAUUCUUCGUCGAAGGUACAAGAGAGGCUGUACGCUUUAUUGACUAAGGUCCCUGCCGUCAAAGUGGAAGACUUGGGAGCCUGGUUGUACCCAAACCAAGUGGCCUACAUGAAGAAAAAACUCCAGUGAUGAACAGGGAUGCUGCGCGACUCACUAGUUCGUGUGGGAGACGAGUUGGCUACACCAGGAGUUGUGAGGAGGGGGAAUAUCAAGGUAGUAGUUGUGGAAAAGGAGGCUACGCCAGGAAUGUAUUAAUGAGAAGCCAGGAAUGGCAGAAGCGAAUGCAGAAGCCAGGUGGAGCGGCAGGAGCGUGUUAAGAAGCUAGGAGCGGCAGAAGCGAAUUAAGAAUACACCUGAACUCAAAGAUGAGCAGGGGGAAGAGGAUGACUAUUUUGAAUUUUUGAAGGGGAACAGGUGACAGGAAGGGGAGGAGGAUGAGUAGUAGAGCGCCGCUGAUCAGGGCAACUCAACUCAGGCGAUAGCAAGAGGCGCCGAUGGGGUUAUCCAGGAAAUUACCUUCUUCACGACCAUUGUUGAUUACUAUUGAAGACUACGUCGAUUACUAUUGAAGACUACGUCGAUUACUGAAAAUCGACAGCGAAGCGUUAUUCUUGCAGAUUCUUGAUACUAGGGAUCCUUAUUAUCGACCAUCUUGACAUGUGCGUCCCAUUGAUUACUAAUACUACUCAUUAUCACGACAACCGGCGUUGUCAAAACGGUGUAUGCUUUUUCUCAGACUUGAUCAGGGAGCUGCAGGGUCAGACACGAGGCGCAUGAGUGAUG